AAAAAAAAUAUAUAAUGCACAGGCAUAGUAAGUGUGCACCGAGUAGGUAUAUAGCUUGUGCCGCGUAGAUGGCGGCUGUGGACAAUCAUUCGUCUAUGAACCGCCGCCGAUGAUAGAGUGAACGUUUUGUUUUUUUGGAUUUCCGAUAAAAAAAAAAAAAAAAAUUAUCAUAAUACAUUCAAACACUUAUUAUACAACAGUAUAUAUUAUACACACACACACACACACACGUAGGUACUCGAGUGUUUAUAUAUACCUAUUAUAAAGGUAUAAUAUUAUACACCACAUUCUUAUAAUACGUAUAGACGCGCGCGAGCGCUCGUGUGUGUGUGUGUUAGUCCGUUUAUCGCAUCGCACACAACGGGGGUCGAUUUGUUGUGUGUGUAUAAUACAAUACUUAAAAAUCAUUCAGAUAAGGUCGAGACGACGAAAUAAAGAAAGAAAGAAACGAAAAAUUCCGCUGCCAUUUUGAAACGCCCGAUGACCGAAUACUAUGACAGAUUGUUUCGGACUAUGCCGGUUAUUCGAACGGCAACACUCGACCGGCAAGAUGGGUAACGACGCGUCUACACCAAACGGAAACUUCGUAGUGAUACCGACCGGUAACAACAUGUUUCGCCGAUCGACAAACAAGCCUAAUAUUCCUCCACUUAAUCUAGAAUGGAUUGAUUACUGCUACCAAAAGAAUGGACAAAAACACAGGACCGAUAAGUAUUAUUGUAUGCAUGGAAAUAAUCCAACUUUAGUGGUACGCAGAGGACUACCAGUUUGUUUUUACUUGAAAUUCGACAGAGAGUAUGACAAGGCUAAUGACAGUGUGUCAUUUAUGUUCAAAUUGGCUGAAAUGGGAGGAGAUUCGAGCUUUGGAAAUGAUACUAUGGCUGCUGUGCCUUUAAAGGCUAAUCCAAGUAACGGCAAUGGCCACUGGUCAGCGUAUGUGAUGUCUUCUGAUAGCGUGGACACAGAUAUACUCAGCGUUAGGAUUACUCCUCCGAAUAACUGUAUUGUGGGACAAUGGAUAUUUGACGUAGACACCCGAUCAGGAGAAGAAGCGGCUAUGUUCUCAGCACAAGGAAAUCCGAUUUACAUACUGUUUAAUCCAUGGUGUCCAACGGAUGAAGUUUACAUAAAGGAUGAUGCACUGCGUGACGAGUACGUGUUGAGUGAGGAAGGUCUCAUGUGGCGUGGAAGUCACAGUAGGCAGAAAGAAGUGAUGUGGAAAUAUGGCCAAUUUCAAAAGAACAUGUUAGAAAGCAGUUUUUUGUUAUUAUUAAAAAUCCGAAGAUUAGCACUCAUACACUGCAGUGACCCAGUAAAAGUAUCACGAAACCUAUCAGCCGCGGUUAACGCCCCUGAUGAGUUAGGAGUUGUUCAAGGCAAUUGGACUGAAGAUUUUUCCGGCGGCACCGCACCCAUUAAUUGGCUAGGAAGCGAAGAUAUUUUAAAUCAAUUCAUUAAAACGAAAAAACCUGUUAAAUACGGACAGUGUUGGGUGUACGCUGGAGUAUUAACUACAGUGUGCAGAGCUAUCGGAAUACCUUGCCGUCCAGUGACCGCAUAUUGCGCUGCUCAUGAUACACAAAAUAGUUUGACGAUCGAUUACUUGGUCGAUGACGAAGGAAAAAUAAUAGAAGAAUUACAAACUGACUCAAUUUGGAACUAUCAUGUGUGGAACGAGGUUUGGAUGGCUAGGCCCGAUCUGAACGUCUUGGAUCGAAGCUGGCAAGUGAUCGAUGCUACACCGCAGGAGCUGAGCGAAGGUCAGUUCAAAUGUGGUCCAGCCAGCGUUACAGCUGUCAGAAAUGGUGACAUAAGAGCACCGUAUGACACAGCUUUCGUGUACUCCGAAGUAAACGCCGACAAAGUGUAUUGGAGAUACUAUGGUAUAUCUCAGCCAAUGAAGUUGUUAAGAAAGGACACGGAAGCAAUUGGCAAAUUAAUCUGUACGAAAGCGGUUGGAAAAUGGGAACAGGAAAACAUUACAAACAACUACAAAUACCCUGAAAAAUCAACCGAAGAAAGGAUCACUAUGCAUAAAGCAUUAAAGCAAAAUAAUAGUAUAUUUAGCCGUUAUUAUUUGAAUGAAGAUUUUAAUGAAAUUAAAUUUGAUUUCGAGUUGGUCGAUGAUAUUAUUGUGGGAGAAAACUUCAGGGUUGCGGUGAGAAUCACGAACAAAGGUCAUAAAGAUUACACAGUAAAAGUGAUAUUGCGAGUCGACACGGUUGACUAUACCGGUAAAAAUGGAUCUCUCAUCACCAAAAUCGAACAAGAAAAAGUAGUGCUUCACGAUCCAGGGUCGAACGUCGAAUUUGUUCAAACUGCAUUGACGUAUUUUGAUUACGGAAAAGACGUAAAAAGCCAAAAUGUUUUCAAUAUAUCAUGUCUGGCAAGCGUGGUAGACACGGACUAUGAAUAUUUCGGGCAAGAUGACUUUCGAGUCAGAAAACCAGACAUUGUGUUCGAAAUGCUCGAUAAACCUGCUAUAUCAAGUGAAGUACGGACUCUUGUGAAAUUCAGAAAUCCAUUACCCUUGUCAUUAAAAGAUGGAAAAUUCCUCAUUGCUGGUUCAUCGUUGCCUAAAACCUUGGAGUUCAAAAUUGGUAAAGUUGGUGCAAAAAAAACGACCAGUGUGGCGUUCAAAUUCACUCCACAAUCUACUGGAAAACAAGUAAUUUCUGCGAAAUUUACAUCCAAGCAAUUGCAAGACGUCGAUGGUUAUUUGCAAUUUAUGGUGUAAGAUGGAUGAACACGGAUGGCAUAUUCUCAUACCUAUCGAUAAUAAGAUAAGAGUCACUACUCCAUACCUACCUACGAUUAUUUACAUCGCGUGUGAAUUGUUUCUUUUUUUUUUUUUGUUUAUUGCUUUAAGUUAAAUAAUUUUUAUUUUUAUUUUUAUUUUCUUUAACAUACAGCUAAUAUGCCAUUUACUUAGUUAUAGUGCUACUAAAAAGUCAAGGAAAAAACCGAAUUUGACUGAAUUUAUAAUAUUUAUAUUAAAAAUCUGGUCAAAAUUCGAUUUAUUUUACUAUAAAAUUACUGUCUGAUGUAUUUUAAUCGAUAUGGGAUAGCUAAUUAGCUUUAGAAUUAUUGAUAUAUAUAAAUAUGUGUAUGAAGUAUGUAGUCAUACAGCCGUGAUUGUCUAAAGAUAUGAUAUUUUGUCUACAAUUUAAGAAUACAUUUUUUAUAUGUGAUAUGUCUCCACAACAUAAUAUUCACCUACCUAUUUUAUUGUAAACUGUUUGAAAUCAGCACAAAAUUAACCAAUUGUUUACACGAGUAUAUUCUAUAUAAUCUGUAAUGGUACAUGUUUUUUUUCGUCAAAUCUUGUUACCAAUUAACAACUAAGUAUACAUUUAUCUGUAUAAAUAUAAAUAAAUCAAAAUUUGUAUUGUA